CCCCUCCCCCCCCCUUUCCACGCCUAACCCCUCCAAAAGGAGAAAACAUUCUUCUUAGUGCCACACAAGUACUAGAAAAGAAUGAAUAAUUCUCCUGUAGUACACCUAAAAAGCCUUCGAACUUUCUGUGCAUUUGUAGCCACCAAAUUGUCCUAUUUUGCCAAAUCUGCACAGCAAUCUAUGAAAUACUCCUGCCAGUUCAUCUGCCACACAAACCCACUCUUUAUCCAAGUCACUUAUUUCGCCUUGAUCUCAUUUGCUGGAUAUGAAGCUCUGAAGGUCCUUAACUCCCAAGAUAAGUCAAAUACUCUGAAAGACUUAGACGUGUUGUUUACUUCUGUCUCUGCAUCAACUGUCUCAAGCAUGGCUACUGUUGAAAUGGAGGAAUUCUCAAGCAAACAACUCUGGAUUUUGGCAAUUUUAAUGCUGAUUGGUAGUGAAGUAUUCACUUCAAUACUUGGUCUUCACUUUGUGAGGGCUAAAUUCAAUUCAGAAAAUUCAUUCAACAGAAGGGACCAGAUAUCUCAUGUUGAUAUUGAAUCUAUUAAUGUUACAAACUUUGAUCCCACCGCUAGCCAUGGCACAAAAGAUGGAGCGUCAUUUUCCGAAUUCCACCUGGCAAACAAACAACAUGUUGAUCCCAAGACAACUGCACUUUUAGGUACUGCAGUGACGGUAUAUCUUCUGAUAACAAACUUAGGGAGCUCCUUACUUAUUUACCUCUACCUUAAGCUAGUACCAGAUGCACAGGAAGUUCUGAAGAGAAAAGGGAUUGGGCUCUUUUUAUUUUCUGUAUUUACGGCCAUAUCCUCAGUUGCAAACUGUGGAUUCACUCCGGUAAAUGAGAAUAUGAUUAUCUUCCAGAAGAACUCCGGUCUGCUAUUGCUAAUUAUUCCUCAGAUACUAGUAGGAAAUACAUUAUUUGCACCAUGCUUGAGAUUCAUGGUGUGGUCACUCCAGAAGAUUACCGGGAAACAAGAAUGGUCUUUCAUUCUUGAGCACCCAAAGGCCAUCGGAUACAGGCAUCUUAUGAGUACAAGAAAGUGUGCUUAUUUAAUUUUGACUGUUGUGGGUUUCAUCAUUCUGCAAACCAUAUUGUUUUGCUCGUUCGAAUGGAGUUCCGAGGCUUUGCAGGAAAUGAGCAGCUACCAAAAGAUAGUAGGUGCUCUUUUUCAAUCAACCAAUGCGAGGCAUGCUGGUGAAUCUAUUGUGGAUCUGUCGAGCAUCUCUUCGGCAAUAAUAGUCCUAUACACCGUCAUGAUGUAUCUUCCCGGUUACACAUCAUUUUUACCCAAUUACGACGAUCGGUAUUCUAAGGACGAGAAGAGAUACAACAGAAAAGGGUUGUUGGAGGACUGGAUCUUGUCCCAGUUGUCUUAUUUGGCUAUCUUUGUCAUGCUAAUUUGCAUCACUGAGCGAGAAGCACUGACCACAGAUCCACUUAAUUUCAAUGUUUUGAGCAUACUGUUCGAAGUUGUAAGUGCAUAUGGAAACGUGGGCUUGUCAAUGGGUUACAGCUGCAAGAGGCUACUCAAACAAGACCUACGCUGCAAGGAUGCUUCAUAUGGGUUUGCUGGAAGAUGGAGCAACGAGGGGAAAAUGAUUCUGAUCAUUGUCAUGGUCUUCGGGAGGCUUAAGGCGUCCAAUUUGAAGGGAGGAAAAGCAUGGAAGCUUAGAUAGCAUCAACUCUGUGAGGGCCUAGUAUUCUCCCUCACAAAUAUGAUGCAUACUUCGGACAUACAUAACAAACCGCUACUGAAAGCAUAAAAAAUAUGGUGAAGGCCUGGAGGGUGCUUGUUCACAUCGGCGCUUUUCCUUCACGAAUAAUCUGCUCCUUAUGCCGGUAGGAUAUAUGAAUAAAAAUAUAACAGUAAGCACAUACUGACCUACAGGAGUGUUUGGUUUCCAUUUACCAUAAGCAUCGUCAUACACAUCGCCCUGGUUUCCCCACGUCAAUGUGACAAUACUCAAUCAUCUAGCGUCCAUAAUUUACCCUUACUAGUUCAUACUUGAUUCAUUCUCCACGCAUUCACGAAAAAAGGAAAGCGCAGGUAAAUUCAAAACAAAUAACACGGUAACAAAACUUUUGGAGAUCAGAGUUAUCGAUCUCGGCCCUAGGCCCUAGCACACGUGAUGGCACAGUGAUUGAUGCCUGGUGGGGAAUGGAUGGGUGGCUCGGUUCCAUGACAUGUCCAAUGCAUGAACAUCGCAGCUAACGCAAGCAACCACCCUGAGUCAAACCACGGAGACGCAUCCCUAGCCGGUAGCCUAGGGUGACCUCUUACGACCGCGGCAAUCCGCGCCGCGACGGAGGGGGGCCGCGCGUGGCAGCGGCCGAGAUGAUGAACCGACGAGCUCGAGAGAAGUACCUGCGUCUCGCCGGGUGGAAUGGACGGCGCGGCGGAGGAGCUUGGAGCGGGAAGGACGAGACGGGCGGGAGGCGGCGGCUGAUCGAGCGGGGGCCGCACGCC